UAUUGACACAAAGUGAUAUUGAUGAUAAGCUCUGUACACCCCGUAAAUUAUGCAAUAUCCAGUUUGAACGGCCAGCGACCGGACUUCGCGCGCGUUUGACGUCACCAGUGGCGAGUUGCUAGGUAGCGCUGCGGGGGGCAAUGAUGCCAACCGGACGAGCCCAAUCAUGGCUCCGGGGGCCGGCGGCAUAUCGGUUACUGCGCAACACAAGAACGCCUUCCGUUGAGAAAAUUAGACGCGCUAUUAGUUCGAAUGAAACAUCAUAAAUGUAUCAGAUAUGACUUGAGCUUUGUUUUGUGGAAAUAAGUGUAAUUUGCUUAUCAAAUUAGUGUUGUUGAAGGGAAGAAAAGACGAGUUGGAAAUUUUCCGGUUAGACCGGACACCCCUCUCGCAGUGAAAAUUUCCCCGGUCCCAGCCUGGAAAAUCCAAGAUGGCGUCCGGAUCUGAGUUGGAGUCCAGCCUAACGUCCAUGGACUGGCUACCCCGUCUGAACGUCGGCGGCGCCAUGAAGACCAGCGCCGUCGGCGGGCUCGGGGUCCAGGCCAUCCGGAAAUCACAGAACGCGCUGGACGGCGACGGCACGGCCGAUGGCGGCGACGGUGGGGCGGGCGGCCGAGACGGCAAGCCGCCGUACAGCUACGCGAACCUCAUCACAUUCGCCAUCAACUCGUCCCCCAAGAAGAAAAUGACGCUCUCAGAAAUCUACCAGUGGAUCUGCGACAACUUCCCCUACUACAGAGACGCAGGCAACGGCUGGAAAAACUCCAUAAGACACAACCUGUCCCUUAAUAAAUGCUUCCUCAAGGUUCCAAGGUCAAAGGAUGACCCAGGAAAAGGCUCCUAUUGGGCGAUAGACAACAAUCCACAGGAGGACCCCAUCCCUGCCAGACAAAAGCCUCGCAAGAGGAGGUCUAGUGAUAGGCCCUACAGCCCAGAAGAGAGCCUACACAGCUCCAACAGUAGCGGCAGUCUGGGCAUGUCCGGACCCACCCUAGCAGCACUGAACUACGGACAGGCAGCCAUUCCUCAGAUAAUCGAGCCCAAAGCCGGCUGGGUGGACAACAACCCUGCAUUUGAGGACCUGAGCGCUUCAUUCCGCAGCCUGUAUAAACAGGUGUUCGAACAGUCGUCAUCAGGACAGCUCUCCACAUCAUCAUCCAGUGGCAUGACGACCCUAGGAACAGUUGCCACCAGCAACCGGUCUACGCCCGGCAACUCUGCCGUGUUCAGUAAACCGGCGCCGACACCACAGGCUCUGGCGGCGUCACUAACAGCUUCCAAUAUAGCUGGAGACUGGUUGACCAGUCUGGACCUGUUGAAGGAAAGCUGUCGUCUGGCAGGCAGUUAUAACUGGGGCGACAUCGACAUGACACAGUUUCAAGGUUUAAUGGAAAGUAUGAAGCAGGCAGACCUGAAUAACUGGUGUCUGGACCCGUCACAGUUCUCAGAUCUCUGUUCCUCCCUCAGCCGAUUCUUCAACCAAACUGGCAUUGCACAGGCUGCCUCGACCAGACUUCACGAUGGUGGAAACGACCCGUUAGGAGCGAGUAAGGCCAGUAACGCCAGCAGUUACGGAUCCAGUCAUCACAGUGGCAGCCUUGGCACCCGGACGUCCAUGACGGGUUCCAUGCACCUCUCCGGGAACCACCUGAGCGUGAUGAAUGCCAGCGGGAGCACGUCGUCCCUCGGGUCGCACCACAGCGUCAGCCCGCGGGCGCACCCGCGGCCGCAGCACCCCAUCCCAGUGGAGUCCGCGGCCUCACAGUUCACUAACGACGAUAUAGAGGACGAUUUUAAUUGGGACUCGCUAGUCUAAAAGGUUUUUAGUAUCUGUGCGUGAGUAAAAAAAAACAUAAUGAGAAACUCAACACAAAAGGAUAUCGGCUCACCUUUCUUCCAAUACUGGACAAACAUGUCUUAGGUCAUGUGACUUUGAAAUUUCUUAUAAUAAUGGUCAUUCUACCCAGAUGAAGGCUUUGAAAAGGUAGCAUUAAUGCAUUACUGAGUCACAUGCCUAAAGACAUUUUUUACUUUUUUAUUCGGUCAUUUUUCCUGAUGAAGGCUAGAAUGAUAGAAAAUUUGAAAGGAUCCUUUGACUCAUUAUUGAAGUCUAAAGAAGGCUUUAGUGGCCAACCAAAAUUUGGUAAAGCCAGAUUUCUGCGUGAGUCUGAUCAAAGUUGAGUUUCUCAUUAGUGUGAGGUUUUUAUCAACAUCUCUCCAUUAACCCUUGGCAUGCUAACCCCCCAGUGCACCAGUGCCUGCCUGGUACAAGGCUGCACCCUUAGCUGGCUAAUGGUUAAUCUCUGGUAUGUUUAUCAACUCAUUUUUCUCCUCUCUACAUGUGGUCUUUU